AGGCAGGCACCAAGGAGGAGCCGCUGGCGGCCGAGCUGAUCAAUCCCCUGGCGCUGCGGCAGCGCGAGGAGAUCCGCGAGAAGCUGGCGGCGGCCAAGGAGAAACGGCUGCUCAACCAGAAACUGGGGAAGGUGAAGACGCUGGGGGAGGAGGAGCCCUGGCUGGACGACGCGGCCGCGUGGAUCGAGCGCAGCCGCGCGCUGCAGAGGGAGAAGGAGCUGGCGGAGAAAAGGGUGGGAAGGGACCCCAAAACCCCAGGGGACCCCAAAAACUCAGGGAACACCAAAAUCCAGAAAUCCCAAAAAAAAAACCCAAAACCCCAGGGAAUCCCAAAAU